CUCUUGGGCCCAAAUAAGCUUACUUGCUUUAGAAGACCCAUUCUAAGCUCAAACUUCAAGGUUCAUCGUUCAUCUCCUUCGUCGUCGUCUUUUCGAUUUGCCGGAGCUCGAGGCUGAGCAACCAGCGAAGAUGGAUUCUCCGGCCAAUUCACAGAAAACGGUUUCGGACGACGAUGAGAUUGAUUACUCCAUCAAAGCAGAGUUCUACGACUCGGAUCUUGAUGAUAAAGAUGAGCUGUGGAUGGCUAAGAAGAGAGAUGGCCGUGCUUCCGAUGCUGUGCUGAGCUGUCCCGCUUGUUUCACCACCGUCUGCUUAGAGUGUCAAAGACACGAGCAGUAUGUGACACAGUACAGAGCAGUCUUUGUGGUCAAUUGCGAAGUUGAUAAAGAUAAAGCUUUGCAACACAAUACAGUUCCGUCAAAGGUUGGUAAACGAAGGAGAGAUUCGGAGGAGAAAGAAACUGAUUCUGCAGACAGCGAAAGAGUGAACCCGGUCGUUUGCUCAACUUGUUCGACAGAGAUCGGAGUUUUUGACAGUGAAGAGAUCUACCAUUUCUUCAACGUCAUCCCAAGCGAGCCUUAGUUACUUCAUGAGUUUCUUGUAAAACAAUCUAGGAAGUGGUCACAAAAUGAUAAUAAACCAAAAGUUUAAUCCAAUGUUACUGUAACGGGGGAAAGUGAGUUUUAUCGAUGAUCGUCUUAUUUUCAGCAAA